UGUAGCUGUUGUAGCUGUUGUUGCUGUUGUAGCUGUUGUAGCUGUUGUAGCUGUUGUAGCUGUUGUUCAGUGAUGCCAAUUGGCGAUGUCUGUGUCAUCGGAAAGCCAUGAGUAUCACCACGUCCACGGCCAACAACAUGGGUCGGGUUCUCACCAAGCGACGCCUCGCACCAACACACCACUAGCCCAUAGUGGCGGGCAUCUUCACCAGGGACACAACCACCAAGAGCAUAAUCAUCAAAUGUUUUUUGGAACCUCGUCCAGCUUCAGUUUUCUUUUUCAUUCCUGGGACUGCCGGACAGCUGAAGGAUUCUUGGCGGCCCUUGUCGUGACGCUGCUCAUCUCUUUGCUCAACGAGGCUUUGGCUUAUUCGCUGCACCUGGAAGAACAUGUCUUUGGCAGAUCUGGGUCCUCAAGGUGUCUGGCUGACAUCUGGCGCCGACUGGCCUGCUCGCUGCUACACAUCAUCCGUCUGAGCAACGCCUACAUCCUGAUGCUGGCGGCCAUGACAUUCAAUGGAAUUCUGUUUGCGCUAAUUAUAGCCGGAAGUGGACUUGGUCAUUUCCUCUUCCGCCCACUUUUACUGACGCUCUACACUGGUUGGCGCCAACGAAGGCGUCUCAAAUCUCAGAAUAAUGACGUAAUGUCAUGUGAUGAAGACAGUGCAAAUGAAAAAUGGUUGAAAACAGACGAAGAGCAUGUCCAACUGCAAGAGAUUACUUCUGACUUAAAGCUUUUGUCUAUGAAGGAUAAAGCGCGUUGUGAGGAUGGUGUUUAGUUAAUGUACUUUUUGUUUGUUUUGAAAGACUGGCUAGCUUCGAGUGCCACGGAUAAUUCAAUUGUGAAGUCACAGACCCGGUGCUCGCUAUCCUGAUUUGAGUGCUUCUACAUCUGUGUUGUGCGAUGAGUUCUUUACUGGUGCCAGUGGUGUAGCAAUUGGAUGGUUCGUCGUCGCAAACAGGAGACCCGAGUUCCAUUCUCAAGUUAGGAGAAUUUUGUAAUCGAGUAUUUAAGUCGGUCUUUCAGUUGGGAUAGUGAAUCAAUUUCAG